AUGAUGACUGCCAAUUCGAUUGUUUUGCAAGCGAGUCCGUGCUCUUUUUAUUUUCACUUUGAAGAGAUCAUUGGUGCUUUAUAUUUUGGUGGUACACUUGUUAUGCUUCCUUCAAACGGUAAUCGUGAUGCACAAUAUAUCUGCGCUUGCAUUGAAAAUCAACAAGUUACGGUUGCUUUCUUUGUUCCAUUAUCUAUGAAAAGUUUAUAUGGUUAUGUGCAAGAUUCGUCGAAUAAUUAUCAACCAGCUUUACAAUCAAUAAGAAGAUUAUGCUCAGUUGGUAUGUAA